UCGAUCAUUCGUUUGAAAAUUGUCAUCGUGAUUGCUUGUAUCAAGCGUUGUUGUUUAUUUUUGUAAAGUAUUAAUUACGCAAAUAAUACCCUUGUUCCUUAUCAAAAAGAAUGGGCUGUUUGUGUUAAUAAUUUGCGUCUGCCUAACGUAAUUUAAAUACAGUAAGACACGCGUGGUAGUGAUAAAUCAAUUUCUUAUUGUAACUUAUGUUUCCUUCCUGUCUUUGUUUGAAACUUAUAAAAAUGGAAGUGAAUAUCAUCGCUUUAUUUAUAUUAGGUUGUAUAAGUCCGACCUUUAUGUAUAAGCCAGUAGUUUUAAUUCAUGGAAUCAUGACUGGGAGUGGCAGUAUGGAGAUGAUAUCACAUAGGAUUCAAGAGAAACAUCCAGGCACAAAGAUAUACAACGUAAACAGGUUCGAGAGCUGGUCCAGUCUAGAGACGAUGUGGCAUCAGGUGCUAGAGAUAGGACUGGAUAUAGCCAACAUAUCCUCGAUGCAUCCCGAGGGUAUCAAUCUUGUAGGUUAUUCCCAAGGAGGCUUGUUGGCUCGAGGGAUCGUGCAGACCUUCCCAAACCUGACUGUCAGUACCUUCAUCUCGCUUAGCUCUCCGCAGGCUGGGCAGUAUGGAGCGGGAUUCCUCCACUUAGUCUUCCCAGGUCUAGUCAAAGAGACCGCCUACGAGCUCUUCUACUCCCGGGUUGGGCAGCACACGUCGGUGGGCAACUAUUGGAACGACCCCUACCAUCAGUCGUUGUAUGAAACCUAUAGUGUCUACUUGCCUUAUAUCAAUAAUCAUGUGCAGUCAGCAAAAUCAAAUGACUUCAAAUCGAAUCUCCUAAGAAUAAAGAGGCUGGUUCUAAUAGGUGGUCCUGAUGAUCAAGUCAUUACUCCUUGGCAAAGCAGUCAAUUCGGGUACUACGGCGCGAAUGAAACAGUGAUAGAGAUGAAAGAGCAAGCGAUAUACGUUGAAGACCGUAUAGGCCUCCGUACGUUGGACAAAACCGGACGACUCCACAUAGUCACUGUUCCUGGCGUCAACCAUUUCAGUUGGCAUAUGAAUGUUACCAUCGUCGAUGACUGUUUGUUACCAUAUUUAGAUUAAAAACGAAUGGGGUCGAUUUUAAAGUUCGUUCGAUUGCUGAAUCGAAUUGGAUGCUGAUCCAGUAUUCAGUAAAAAGGGAUAUAAAAUACUUCUGAUAUCACAUAAUAGGGUAGAUGACUGGGUCAAAGACACAUAACGUAAGCUCACGACUAUAACCCAAUUGGGGUAGUUCCCAGAGUUACAUCCAUCGCAAGAUGAACUAAGUACCCACACCUCACCGAACUUACUGUUAAACCAAAGUGAUAGGUCGGUGAAAGGUAAAUUAUAAAAUUCUAACCUAGAAAUAGAAGCCAAUUUAUGAUCAAAAAUAAUCCGCAUUUUUUGUUUUGACUUAUUUACGAAUUUUAAUUAUGAAUUACGCAAGAAUGAGUACGACUUUUGACUAUGUUCAUUGAUGACGUCACUUGUUGUAUUCUCAUACAAGGCCAUAAUUAAAUGAGCCGUUUUGACGUUUCGAAAAAAGAAUCUUAUUUGACUUGGUUGUCAUCUAACCUAUUAUGGUAUACACCUACUAUUGUAACUUUUUAUGAUCGGCAAUCGCUAUUACACUUUGGAAAAAAUAUUUGCAAUGUUAAAGAGCUAUCUGGUAGCAAUAAAGUGAAACGUGCAAAUUGCCAAAAUCAAUGGUUGUGAAUUGAAUUUCGAAUGAUGACCAUUAAGAUCUAAAGCUAUACUGUUUUUGUCGGAUUGUAGUCCUGAAAGCGCAACAUAGGUGGCCAACUAAUAUAAGUAAAAACGCACGGACAGAAAUUCACGCACCUAGUUCCUAUUGAGAUAGGCAAGGAGAGGUCUUCAGAAGGAAUUUGGUUGGUUCUUGACCGUAUUGAAUGCAUACAAGAAAUAAAGGCCACUCGACUAUUCGACGAUUAGGUAGCUAUUUAGUAUAAUAACUUUGUGUGUCAAAACUUGGCCUGAUAGUGAAGUAGCUUAACGAAAUCUCAUUUAUACAUUGGCCCCGAUUCCUGCAGAUACCUCCUAAUUUUACUUUAAGUUAUACCUGUCAUUUUCUUAUCCGCCGAAAAGGAAAGGGACGGAUAAUUGACAGCUCUUAAUUUUAGGAAGAAUGAGUAAAUGAAUGAAUAACCCGGGCGAAUCAAAAAGGUAUCUCGCUGGUACGCAAACCGUUUGACGGGUGCUGUCAACUUAAUUCUGUCGGGUUAUUGGCCAAUGCAAUUUUUUUAACGGUUGUUUUAGAUUCGUGCUUAAAAUUGACGUGUGUUCCAUAAAUUUUAUGCUUGUCGAGUACGCUUCCCUUUUAUUUUUGGCGGAUAAUAAAAUGACAGAUAUAACUUAAAAUAAAAGUAGAUGGUAUUUACAGGAAUUAGCACCAUUAUUUUACUUGUUAUGAUAGCUACAUAGACAUAGAAUAAAGAAUAAUACUGCGUAUAGAACUGUAACUAUCUGCCCCGCACCAAGUCGUAUCGGGCGCUGACCUCGCCCACUCUGGGUCUUUCUUUGGUCUAAAUGUCCGUAGGAGCGCACCCCGGACACUUCAUACAAACAAGCUCUGUACAGUCAUGAGCAACUCUAGCCAUAGAGGCAGCCAAUCAGCUCGCGACACCAAACACUUCAGGACCCCGAUACCGACCCCGCCGGCGUGGUCGACAAUUUCCCUCAUUCAGCAUUCCCCAUUUGUCCGGCCAAGUAGUUAAUGCCAUCUGCGGCAAAUCUACAUACAAUAAGUCACGUCAAAAAAAAAGGUGAGUGACAUAGAGUAAUAUAAUACAAUCAAAAAGUUAGUAUUUAGGUAUAAUUAGUUAUUAAGUAGCAAAUGACGUUCGUUUUCGGAUGUAUUUUAUGGUGUUUUUUCUAGAUCUUUCUACACUUAUUAUUUGUAUCGAAUUAAGGCUGUGUAGUAUAAUGUGCAAAUAACAUAUACCUAAUAAUUGAUUUGACAUCAUAAAAACCGGUCAAGUGCGAGUCGGGUUUGCGCGGCGUUGGUGCCGUAUAAGCUGCCGUAAAUUAACAAAGACAAUAGUUACAUCUAAAGUAGGCUUUGACUUUGCCGUUGAAGAACUAUUGUCUCCAUACAUAGACAAACAUAGGUCGCGAUUAAACUACUAACUUCAAAUAAGCUUUUAUUUUUGUGAUGGAUCAAUAAAUUCACUUGUGCUGUUAGGCUUUCCUUCUUGACAAAUAAUAUGGAAGUAUCCUAUCGGUUUUGAUUCCUCUGGGAAAUGUUAAUAAUAAGAAAUAAAGCUCGAAUGAUGGUAUCUUCGGAUUGCGUUGAUUUAGAACAUUUUCCUCUCAGACGACGCCCUGAGCCGAGGUUCGCGCCCAACUGGGCACCCUCAGGCCUGUUGUCUUAAACGUUGUACCGGGUGAGAGCCUUCAGUGCUCCCCAUUUCUCUGGCCAAGUAGUUAAUGCCAAAUAACUCACGUCAAAAAAAAAGUUGAUUUAGAUGAUCUUUUUUUACUUCAAGGGACCGCAGAUAUAAGUAUUAGAUGUUAAUUCCAACUGGAUACCUUCACGCGGUCCGGAAAAAGUCUUGACAGGCAGACGGCCCGACAGCAGAGUAAUCCUAUAAGGGUUUUUCCUUUCAAGGUACGGAUCCCUAAAACAGUUUCAUGACGAAAAAACCUUUUGGGGUUUUAUCAUUUACUUCGGUUUAAAGAAGGAAAGUUAUAAAUAGAGGUAGAAUUAUGAUUAUAAUUAUAUUGCAGUCAAUAAUUUUAGUUAACAGUGUUCUAUAUUGUAAGUAAACCAGUUAUGAAUUUUAUGAUAUAUUGCAAAACUAUUAUGUGUAAGUAUUUCUAACGCUCAACUAUAUAAAAAAAUAUGAAUGUAAGUUUCAAUCGUCAGUAGUUUAUUAACAAUACUAUAUGAAAUGAGGGAUUUUCCAGACUACGUCCCCAAAAGAUCUAUAGAUGGCGCUGUACAGGAGUUGCCUUCAUUUAACCUUCUAACUUCAUGAAUAACAGACAUACAUAUUAUGCAUCUUUUAUCUUUGUUUUUGAGUAUAAAUAAUGACCCUUUUUAUUACACCCAGGCACAAUACAUCUUCCACCCAUUAUUAUUCCGGUCAAUAAAAAGAAAAGCUACUGCUAAAAAAAAGCUAAAAAAAAGCCAAAAAGCUAUUUUUUUUUUGCUAUUGCUUUUUUUAUUGCAGGUAGAAACAUAAUUCUAUACAUAAUCUGAAUCAAAUAUCAAGGUUAAAUUAUUUUUGUAUGUGCUAGUAUGUACCCGAGUAAUGAGCAAAUAGGUAAUUAUCGCUUUAAAUCUGUACAGUACAGCGCCAUCUAUAUUAUUUUUGGGGAACAUAGCAUGGAAAGUCCUUCAUUAAAUAUCAAUAAUAAGUCGAUUUUAUAUGCUUACUCGAAUAUGAAAUCAAUUUCAAAGACAUUAGUGUACAAAUCUAUUAAACAUGGGCUGUUUAAAUAAUUUAUUUUACGUAAGCUAGACGUAAGUUUAUUGGCGUGUCAAAUAUAUUUUUAUAUUGUGCAA